GCCUCAUGGAGAGAUCAUGAUGAUGCUGUAUCCAUGCAUUCUGCGGGUACACCGGGGCCCUCAAGUGGAGGUCACACCUCCCAAAGUGGGGAAAACAGCAGUGAACAAGGGGAUGUUUUAGAUAACAGCGUGGCCUCUCCUGGCACAGGGGAUGACGAUGACCCAGACAAAGAAAAAAAGAGGCAGAAGAAACGUGGCAUCUUUCCCAAAGUAGCAACAAACAUCAUGAGAGCGUGGCUCUUCCAGCAUCUUACGCACCCAUACCCAUCAGAGGAACAGAAAAAACAGCUGGCACAGGACAUAGGACUAACAAUUCUACAAGUAAAUAAAUGGUUCAUUAAUGCAAGAAGACGGAUAGUUAAACCCAUGAUCGACAAGUCAAAUCGAGCAGGUUUUCUUCUUGAUCCUUCAGUGAGCCAAGGAGCAGCAUAUAGUCCGGAGGGUCAGCCAAUGGGAAGCUUUGUGUUGGAUGGUCAGCAACAUAUGGGAAUCCGGCCCGCAGGACCUAUGAGUGGGAUGGGCAUGAAAAUGGGCAUGGAUGGACAGUGGCACUAUAUGUAAACUUGUCCUGCAGUGCGGUUACAAGCAAUGGAUGUCUGCAGGACAUGCCAGGGAAUUGUCUUUCUCAGGGUGGUCCUAUGGGUUUCAGUUUGGUGCAACCAGCUCUCACUACUCCCCAAAAGACAUUAUGCCCUUCUACUGAAGAAAUGGACCUCCGGUGCCCCACAUCUGCCAAGCUCCCCAUCAUGAAACACAUAGCUAACUGGAGGAUUAGUUCAUUUUGGGAUGGCCAUGUACGCACAACCAUCACAUUGUUUCGAACCAAGCCUUUGGGAGGGAGGGUAACAUCCUGAAAAUUACCCCAACAUUAUAAGGAAC